CACUGGGCUGAGCUGGGAGUGGGUAGCACGUGUGGGGUCUGGUGUAGCUGGCUGCUGCUAAGUUGAACUCUGCCUUGGAGCUUCGGGUUCUCUGCAAUCGCAUGGGUGUCUCUGUGGAGUAAUAUGCUUCAGGGCUGUGGUUUUAUUGCAGAUAAAGGCUCCCUUCAAAAGCUGUGUAUCAAACCAUGGAGGCAGAUGAGGGAUUGAUUCUCAACGUGAGUUCUCUGCCUUCCCCAGAGUCCCACCAUUCUGCAGGACACAAGAGGUGCCGCAAGCCACUGCCCAGCAAGGACAAGUGGCAACCUAAAGCUCUGAAAAGGAAGCUCCAAUGGGCAGACGAAGGCGCACCUUCAAAGCAGAAACACAAGUUGUCAGUAUCCCCAAUCAAGAAAUGCACUCAGGAGGCUAACAUCUGCGUGAAGGGAAAUUUGUCAUCAAAAUCUCCUCCAAAGAAGCACUCGGCUGACAGACAGAAUGAGAGCCUAAGUAGCAGACCUUUCAUUAAGACGUCUUGUCUGUUUAAAAACAACCCUGAGAUUCCAGAAAUUCGCAGAGGUGGAGUGAAACAGGUGCAGGAAAAAGUUUUCACUUCGGAUUCAUUCAGCCAGCUGGACCUCCAUCCCCAUCUGGUUUCCACAAUAACCACUGUCUUGAAGCUGUCUAGUAUGACCAGUGUUCAGAAGCAAACUAUUCCUGUGCUGCUAAAAGGCAAGGAUGCACUGGUGAGGUCCCAGACAGGGUCAGGUAAAACUCUUGCCUAUGGCAUCCCCCUUGUACAGUCCUUGCAGGGAAUGAAGUCAAAAAUACAGCGCAGUGAUGGGCCUUAUGCACUUAUAUUAGUUCCAACAAGAGAGCUAGCCCUACAGAGCUUUGAUACAGUCCAGAAAUUGCUGAAGCCAUUUACCUGGAUUGUGCCUGGCGUGCUAAUGGGGGGAGAAAAGAGGAAGUCUGAAAAAGCCAGAUUACGUAAAGGAAUAAAUAUUCUCAUUUCAACUCCUGGCCGCCUGAUUGAUCACAUCAAGUCCACAAAGUGCAUUCACUUCCGUCGUAUUCAGUGGCUGAUUAUGGAUGAGGCUGACAGGAUCCUGGACAUGGGCUUUGAGAAGGAUGUGACCGUGAUACUCAAUGCUUUAAAUGCAGAGAGUGAGAGGCGGCAGAAUGUCCUGCUCUCAGCCACGCUCACAGAGGGAGUAACGAGGUUGGCCGAUAUCAGUUUGCAUGAUCCAGUGAGCAUUGCCAUUGUGGAUGAAACCUGGGACAGAACCACACCAGAGCAGGAAGCCAUGUGUUCACCAGCCCGCAUGGUAGAGGAAGGCUUUGCCAUACCGGAAAAACUCAAACAGCAUGUGGUGCUGGUUCCCAGCAAACUGCGGCUUGUCACCCUAGCAGCUUUUAUCCUGGGGAAGUGCAAGUUUGAAAAACGCCACAAGAUGAUCGUUUUUUUCUCCAGCUGUGAGCAAGUGGAAUUCCACCAUGAGCUCCUCCUGAAAAUCCUGCUGGGCGGCCAAAAGGCUGAAGAACCUGAACGUUUGCCGCUCCCCUCUUCACACUUAAAGUUCCUGCGACUGCACGGCAGCAUGGGACAGGAGGAAAGGACAGCAGUGUUCCAGGAGUUCUUACAAUGCAAGACAGGCAUCUUACUUUGCACUGAUGUCGCAGCACGAGGAUUAGACCUGCCUCAGGUCACCUGGAUUGUUCAGUAUAACGCUCCGGCUUCGCCUGCGGAAUACGUCCACCGAAUUGGGAGGACGGCUCGGAUUGGCUGUCACGGGAACAGCUUGCUCGUCCUGACUCCUUCGGAGGCAGAAUAUGUCAACUCGCUGGCUUCUCACAAGAUUAAUGUCUCCGAGAUGAAGAUGGAGGAUAUUCUGUCCAGCCUGAUGAAAGACGAUCGUUUCAAGGGGCGCCAGUGGGGAAACAAGAAAUCUCGUGGCGUGAACCCCCAGGAAGUGCGGGAACGGGCGACGGUCUUGCAGACCGAAUUUGAAAAUUAUGUGCACUCCAGUGAGGGAACUGUCCGGUGGGCAAAGAAAGCACUGCAGUCUUUCCUUCGCUCCUACACCACCUACCCCAAGACCCUGAAGCACAUCUUCCACAUCAAAUCCCUCCACCUGGGCCAUGUGGCCAAGAGCUUUGGGCUGAGAGACGCCCCUCAGAACCUCAGCACCUCCAUGGCUGCCAGUCCAGGAAAGAAAACCAAACUGAAACCAAAAAGGCCUGACCUUCGCAGGAAAACCCAAGGCAAAGGCCGCCUGGCUGAAAUCUUGCGAUCUGAAUACUCUAGUGGGAUGGACUCUGGUGUAUCCAAGGUCAAGAGAAAGAAAAAACAUGGAAAACCUGGCAACCAGAAAAUGCUGACCUGAACUGGGAGUUUCCAGCCCUUUGCUGCAGAAACUAGUUCUGGAGAAUGCAUGGGGCAGAAGGCAAAGGGACAUGCAACGCAAACUGAGGUGCACCAGAAUUUAACAGAAUUUUUAAAAGGCUAAACCCUCAGAGAGCUGAGCCUCCAGAAGACCUGAAUGGGGCUGAAAUCAAACAUGUCCUGUUCUCAGUCAAGAUUGCUCCAUUGCAAAUAAACGCAGCUUCAUGAAGAUGCACAAAGUUUCUAAGUUUUGCAGUGUUAAGCCAUGACCAUUGUUUUUGUAAAGAAAAUUUGGAGCAGUCACAUGAAGUGUAGGGGGAAAUGUGCAACCACCAAAAUAUAAAGUGACCAUCAAAUGGGUUAAGAUAGGAGCGGAGUUCAUUGGGGCGAUUAUGAUGUUUAAAAGGUCUAUAGGAACCAAUUGUUUAAUUUUUUUUAAUUGAGAAAGCUGAAGUAGUGCAGUGGGCAUUACUACCUUAGUUGCUUAUUCUAAGGUUAGCUAGUAUGCAAGCCUUAGUCUGACCUGAACAAACUGUGGCAUUUGGGCCAGAUCUCAAUGGCAUUGAAGUGAAUGGCAAAACUCCCAAUCACUUAGGAACAAGAUUGUAUGUAAAUAGACAAAGGACCAAAUGCUCUAUUCCCUACUCCUGUCUCGGGCAAAAUUUAUAGGUAAGAUUUGUCCCUGAAUCCUUCAGGAUUUAGCCACAUGUAAUGUCUUGCUUCUCAGCACAGAAAAGUCUGAGAGGAGCAUUUCUAACACUUAAUGAUACCAUCAUUUUGUAGCGCGCUUUGUUGCUUAUUCUGAAAAGCACAUUGACUUUAGCUGUUCCUGGCAUUGGUCAAGCUUAUUUAUUUAUUUUCUUCUCCUUUUCAGGAGUAUAUUGUAGGCUAAUUGAUUUGUCUCCUUGUGUUCCCCUGUUUGCCUUUGAAGUGGAAAGACCCAACAGCUGGAAUUUCUUCCUUCCUUUAUUUAUUUUAUUCCUCAUCUGAACCCAGGAGGGAGGGGACUCCUGGGAGUUCUUUGUGGUGUGAUCUGAGAGAGGCUGUGAUUGGGCCCAUUCAUGAUUGCCUUGCACUUGGAACGAAAUCCUAGGCCCUUUGAAGGCAAUAGCAAAACUCCCCGUGACGUCAGUCGGGCCAGGAUUCUGUUGGGUCGUCAUUCUGUGCAGGAGAUGGUGCUUUCUCAAGGCCUGGUCUGAGAUUGCAGAAUGAGUUUCCUACUGGAACUACGGACCUUCACAAACUUCACCACCUUCCGCUCUGAGUGCAAGGCUCAUGGCGUCAGUCUGCCUUCUCUAAGAAAAGGACAGAGCAAACACACAUGCUAAAAAACAAAAUAAACCCCAACCAAAACACAAACCCUACCAAAACAGUGCGCUCCACUGCACACACCAUUCUCCCCUGGGGAGAGGAUGAGAGAGAGAGAACAAACUACACAUGACAGAUGUUAGUCAUGUCGCCUAAUGCACGACCGUAAGGGGCUCAGAUAGAACAGCAAGGAGGGUGGGAUAAGAACGUAUAUGAAACUGAAUUCACAGCAGUGCAAAGUGGGCUUAAAAUUUGCCCGAAUCAGCAUGGUAUCCACUUGGCACUGAGAUAAGUGAUGACACACGAUGCGGAGUAACAGUGAGUUGGGUCUCGUGUUGCAGAAGGGGAGCAAUCAGUCCAAAAGUGUGUAUUUUGUCAAGAACAAUUCUUCCCUUCUCCCAGGCGAUCACUGAACAGCGACUUCCUGGUUUGACAGCAGUAGUUUUUGAGAAAGAAGGAUGUGGAAAAACUGAAGGGCAGAGAGUAGGAGGGCAAUCAGCAUUUACUAGAUUAAAAUUAAAUAAAGAAACCACCCUCCUGAUAUUUGUGGGAGGGGAAGGGAAUGGGAAAUCAGGUUUAAAAAACAACCUGAGGCUGAAAAUGACUCAUCAUGUGAUGCAGAAAGUGUAAGCUUGGGGAGAAUUGAUCCUGUGCAUGAAGGGUGGGAAAAGUAUGACCUUCUCCAAGCUGAUUGUCAUAUGAGAAUUAAUAGAGACUAUUGGUGAAUUUAUAAUACUAAAGACCAGACAACACAUGUCAGUCAGACAUUAGGAAAUCUCUUCGCUCUCUGUGUUAUUGGGGCAUGUAAUGGGCUUGAUGAAACAGUGAGCCAUUAAGCUUUUUUACCUGUAUACUUUUCUCUGUGAGCCGCACCAUCUUUUAGUUGAGAGCUGCGGAUUAAUGCUGAGUGAUUCUGGGAAGGAAGGUGGGGGAGAUCAUCAGGAAAAAUGGUAAAGGAAAUAGAUGUAUAGUUAAAGAAAAGUCCAAGAUCUGAUCAUGAUGUUGAGGUCCCUUCUGCAAACCUCUGGAUUUAUGGGUGGGUUUAUCUGUAGCUAAAUUCUGCUCUCAGUUACACCUGUGCAGCCGAACUGAUUGCAUUGUCUGUCCCAGAAUCUGUAUUCUGAUCUAGUUUAUCACUUUACUGCCCAGAUAAUACAGGAAGGAAGAUGUAGCAGCUUUAGCUAAAUUUAAACCACAUUUAAUAUAAAUCAUACAAUAUAAAUAUUGAGUGUUGCUCUUGGUAUAGAGAUUCUAUCUUGGUUGUGUGAAAACCUCAGCAUUAUUCUACUGUAUAUUUGUCUGUAUCUUUAAAUUUUAAAGGGCGCCUUUAUUGUCCCAUUGACUUUUUGUUUGAUUUCAGAGCAGAGUUUGGUUUUAAAAGUGAUAACGCCUUUUGUUUUUAAUUUUCAGUUAAUCCCACCUCUUCUGAUAUGCUGCACUUCAGAUUUCCAUUCAUAUAUACCCUUACAAUCAAGGAAUUCUAUUCCUGGUGUGUGGAUGGAGCCUGGAAUUCUCAUUCCAAAAAACUCUCCUGCACUUUCUCGCUUACAAUCUAAAUAAACAUGAGUCCAAAGAUGUAAGAUCCAUGGGGCAGUGACCAUAUCUUUGUCUGUGUCUGGCGUAGGGCCAAGUAAGGGGCCAGAUCCUACUCUCUUUUCAAGGUCAGAAAGGGCCCUGCCUGGGUGGGACUGGUACAAUUGUGCUGCACAAUUGGGGCAGACUAGCAAUUCAUGCUCUCCCAGAGGCUAAGUGGAACCAUCCCAAGAAAGCUGAAGUUGGUGCAUCAUCCCGUGGGUGCUUUUGAUCUCCACUGACUCCCCAUUCGCUUCAGAAGAGAAUUCAAGAUUCUGCUCCUAAUGUACCUUUGGGCUGGGGCCUGGUUCCAGCAGAGACUGCCUCUGAGACCCUCCAAGACAGCUACGCUGCGCAGAUAUUUGAAAUGCCCCAGAUUUCACCUCUCAGAUGCUGGCAGGGGGAGGUGCUGUUGGUGGUAGGGCUCCACUUGGGGCUUCCUUUCCAGAAGAUCAGGCUGAGCGUGUUCAGAUCUAAGUUGAAGACACACCUUUGCUAUAAAACCUUUUCCCUGGGCCAAUGCCUGUAAUCAAAAACAAAACAACAAAACUUCCCUGCCCAUCCAAAUUCUCAUUCCUCUGUAACCCAGGGGAGCAGAGAGAGAAACACCAUUUGUUCAGGACUCGUGCUUCAGCAUAAUUUGUUCAGUGCUUAGAUGCUAGGGUAAUAGGUGCCUUGUAAAUACCUUUGAUGGAGAGCUACUGCAGCGUGAUGAUUCUGCUGAUCUGUGGUCUGGAAUGGAGGGAAGGGGGGUAUUCCUUCAGCCUCUGCAGAGAACCCCACUCUGCUGCCUGACCACUCAGGCUGUGACCUUGUUCCAGCAUUUGGCACAAUGGUUGCACCUGUUUACACCUGAAGUCAACGGUUAGAAAGGAUCAUUGACAGUCCCUGCAUUGAGAAAGGAACAGACUAGCGAUCCACAGGCAUGUAUAUGUCCUUAAGUGAAUCACUGCUUAUACAGUAUAAACAGUAGGCCAGACUCUGAUCUCACAUAGACUGGUUGGGAUGCAGAGUAAUCUUACUGACUUUCAUGGAGUUACUUCAGAUUUACCAUGUUCUAAAUGGGAGCUGGGGUUAGCCCCCUUGUCAUCCAUUCCUCCUGCAGCCAGCUCCCUUAAAACCGAAAGAGCAAAGAAUGAAGAUGGACCACAAAGUUGGACAAAAGAUCCUUUCUGUGCUUGGAAACCUAGAUUGCAUUUAUAGUGGGCCUGACAAUUGUACUAAUUUGUUGAUGUUUCAGAACCCAAACUCUGAACAGAAAGCAAAAGAUUAAUGAAAUGUUUGUCAAGGAAAAUCUUGGCCCUUGGGGGAAAAAUAAUCCUUGGACUAGAACAGUUGUAGUCUUGUAGCUGGUUUCUUUCACAUGACUGAUACAUCUCAUCCAGCAUUUGAUUUCAAAAGUUUUUUUGUUUUGUUUUAAAGCCAUUGCACCAGGUUUAAUUCCACUAAGAAUUCUCCAGGGAUUUUAUUCUUUGCUUUAGAGUAGAGCCCAGGAUUGCAGCUGCACUUGGCAAGAUGUUGUACAAACAGCUAGUAAUAAAGCAGGCCCUGUCCUGAGGACCAUUGCAUUCCAAUUUUCAGUAUAUUGGGGAAAGAUAGUCUUGUGGCUAAAGCACAGAACUAAGACUUGAUGCAGCUGAAUUCUAUGUCCACCUCUGACACAAACUUGCUCUAUGAUUUCUUUGGGCAAUCUCUUCCCCCGCCCAAUGCCUCAGUUUCUCCAUUUGUAAAAUGACGAUAAUACCCUACCUCAGAAGGGUAGUGUGAGGUUAAAUGUUUUAAUGGUUUCAAAGCACGUUGGGAUCCUCUUACAGAAGGUGCUAUUUACAUGGGAAAUAUACUUCAUUAUUAUAAAGGGCAUAUACUCAGUGUGGUGUUUUCACUAAAUUGUGAUUUUAAAAAAUUAACUGUUUCUUUUACUGUGACUAUUAAAGCUCCCUUAAGGAAACAGCUCUAAUGUUCAACACCUCUCCACUUUCUUUACCAGAAGGACUCUAGUUUGGUCAGUUCCUAUUUCCUAAGCUUGAUAUUUCUUUUGGACUGUAGCUUUGGUUUCUCCUACUGCAGUAAUUUUAGCACAAACACUGUGCUAGUUAAUAUUUUAAUAGACUGGUUAAAAUCCACUUUACCAUGGAGGUUUCCAGCUUCUUCCAGGUGUGAAUUAGCAAAACAAAUUUAAAUAUUGCCAUUCUAAACUUGUUGGGAAGCUUGUACUUCAUUAAUGUAAGAGAUGCAAUCUGCUAAGAGGUACAAGGACAAUUAAAUAUUAGAGAAUGUCUUUGAUUUACAUUCCUACUGGGUAAAUGUAAGAAAGGUUGCUGUAUUUUCUCUGCCUUCACUCUCACAAAAUGAAAAGCGCACCCAGUGCAAGUUGUCCUUUGAUAGAUUUUUAAUAUGAUUUUAAAGAGUGUUGUUU